CUGUCUGUAAGACAGUACUAAGGGCUUCAUUUCGUAACCUCGCUAUCGUUGAUGCGCAGCUGGCUGACAACCGAUUUGAAAACAUUACCGUCAUUUCGGGAAGCGUCUCUGUAUUUGCGUUUUAUAAAGUUUAGAAUUCCCUUCGGGGAAGUAGUUUUGGGCCAAAAGUUUGUUCGUCUGGUCCAUGUUUCUAUGAACUGUCAUGAACAAAGUACCAGUGACGCUGCUGCGAAAUGAAAUGAAAGAGGAAGUGAAAGUUAAGGCAGCUGAUUGGACGUAAAACGAAGAGAGAAGACAGAAAGGAAAGCAAUCUCUAAAGUUGCUGAAUAAUUGAAGUAGGUACCCCUUUACAUCUCCUGGCUCGGCAACAUGGCAUCAACAGAAUAUGUGUACUUCAUCUUAACAAAAAAGCCAGAAUGGAUCACUUUUGCAAAAGCUGGAAGUAUUGUUUACAUGCCUGAAAAUAAGUACAUCUCAGAAAUGAAAAAAUCCCCCCCUCCAUUAAAGCUAAGAAUGUGUUUAAUGAACUACUACUCUAGAAUAGACUAUGACUUGGAGGCCAACGACAUGGAGCAGCUGUGUGUAGAGGAAGUUGAGCUGCUGCAGGCACUGCCUGAUGAUGCUGAGAGGCUGAGGUGUUUCAGAGAGCGACAUGAUCUGCAAGCAGCAAUGCAACUUGCUAUAGGUACUGAAGUGACUGUGGAGGAAGCUGGGAAGAAGCUCAGAGGUAUCAUUCACUACAUUGGACCAAUAAAAAAGGCAUCUAUUUCUUGUCCCAUACCAGGAUACUUUUUUGGAAUCGAACUACAGGGACCAGACAGAGGAAAGGGCUACUGUGAUGGGACCUAUGGGGGUGAAAGAUAUUUCAAGUGUGACAAAAACUGUGGCGUUUUUACCCCAUUCAACAGAGUCAGCUCUUUAUUACCCCCUGUCCAUAAGCCAUCCCUACAGUCAGAAAGGCUAGAGUUGGGAGACAGAGUUACUUGCUUCAUCGAUGAUAAAUUUCGCUAUGGAAUGGUGCUGGAUUUACUGGAAAUAGGUGGACAAUGUUUCGUUCAGAUUUCCACGGACAAAGAUGAAUCUGGGAAGACGGGGGGUGAAGUUAGAGUUCCAUUAGAAGCGGUUAUCAAAGGAGAGCUGAUUGCAGAGGGAGAGAGCAUGGAUGUCGACACACCCCCAGAAGCUGAUACAGAUUAUCUCUAUAUGGGUCUGAGUUUGAACUCUAUGGUAGAAGUGACUCUGGGUGAAGGCAACACAUAUGGAAUUAUUCGCUGGAUAGGCAAGCUGCCUGAUCGAAGUGAAACUAUGGUUGGCUUGGAACUGGAUGAGAACAAAGGAGUGAGUGAUGGUACUUUUAAAGGUCAGCGUUAUUUCAAAUGUCCUGUGAAGAGAGCCCUGUUUGUGAAGCUGAGCUCAUGCCGGCCUGACUCACGCUUUCAGAGCACAUCAUCCAAUCACAAUGAGAAAAUGCAGCCUGAGGACACUGUGGAUCAAACAGACCACAGUACAGCUGAGUUGCAGACUGUUCCGCCUAUGAGCACAGAGCAGGUUAAGCAGCUUCUGACUGGACGAAUGAAGGGGAUUCAAGGACACUGUAACUCUUGCUACAUGGACGCUGCCCUCUUCAGUUUGUUUUCCUGCUCUUCUGUGUUGGACUCCAUGUUGUUCAAAUCAACAACACCUCAAGAUGCCCCAAUUCAGAGAACACUGCUCAAUGACAUAGUCAACCCCCUCCGCAGUAACGGCUUUGUGGAAGGAAGACACAUCAUGAAGCUACGACAGCAGCUGCAGAAACAUGGCUACAGCCAAUCAUUCACCACAGAUGAGAAGGAUCCAGAGGAGUUCCUCAGUGUCAUCAUGCACCACAUCCUCGCCCUGGAUCCUCUGCUAAAACUAUCAGCUGCAGGUAAAGUGCAGGAGAGUUACUGCUAUCAGAUUUUCCUGGACCAGAACCACAGACUAGUUCUGCCAACAGUGCAGCAGCUACUAGAACAUUCCUUCCACAGUGCAGGUCUUAAGCUGGCAGAGGUGCCGUCCUGCCUCAUCCUCCAGAUGCCUCGCUUUGGGAAGAAAUUCAAGAUGUUUGACAAAAUCAUCCCCUCUCUGGAGCUGGAUGUCACUGACCUCCUCUCUGAAGGUCCCCAGCAGUGCAUGCUGUGUGGAACCCUGGCGCAGGUUGAGUGCGUCGACUGUUUUAAAGAUCCCCUUUUCAGCCCGACAGGAUUCAAAGUCUUCUGCGAGAAGUGUUCAGAACAGGUGCACUCCCAUCCUCAGCGUCGCAGCCAUAAACCAGCAUCCCUGGAAAUCCCAAAGGGUUAUGUUGGACGUAAAAACCCUCACACUAUGAUCAGAGACAAAAUGGAGCUGUUCGCUGUGCUCUGCAUCGAGACAAGCCACUAUGUGUCCUUCGUCAAAUAUGGACCAAACACUGAGGACUGGAUCUUCUUUGACAGCAUGGCAGACAGACAGGGAGAGAUGGAUGGCUACAACAUUCCAGAGGUGCAGCCCUGCCCCGAGGUUGGUGAAUACCUGGAAAUGUCCCCCUCCGAGCUGGCCAACCAGGCACCUCGAGAUAUGAAAGGUGUAGCAAAGCGUCUCUUCUGUGAUGCCUACAUGUACCUGUACCAAAGCACCACUAUGUGCCUCUAUCGCUGAUGGAACUUGAGCACACUGGACGUUUUGCUAUUUGUGUAAUUUCUUUUUGCUGCAUUGUUUUGUUUUUUUUUCUUUUGUUAACAU